AUGAUUUCUGGGCUACGACCUCUAUCCGGGCGCAUAGCCGGGCGGCGGCUAGCCUUGAGCCUGCGCAUUCAGCAAUGCAAUCUUCACGUUGACGGUAGAAGCCGCGUUUCAAACAUAUGGAUUCCUACUGGUGGAAUUUCCAAGAAGCCCGUUGAUGGUGAAAAUGAGGAUGCCAAUGACCUGCUAGUCCGAGGUGGAUUCCUUCGACAGGCAUACUCUGGGGUGUUUCAUAUGCUCCCACUUGGUCUACGUGUUCAAGAUAAACUAGAGCGUCUGAUUGACAAGCAUAUGCGCUCUCUCGGCGCAUCCAAGGUCUCAUUGUCCUCAAUAUCCUCACAAGAGCUCUGGGCACAGUCUGGCAGACUGACCGAUGGCUCAGAACUGUUCCGAUUCAAUGAUCGGAAAGACACUCCUUUUCUCCUGGCCCCAACACACGAGGAGGAGAUCACUACACUUGUGGGGAAUCUGACAACAUCAUACAAGAGCCUGCCUCUGCGGGUAUAUCAAAUCACGCGGAAGUACAGAGAUGAGGCCCGGCCCAGACAGGGCCUGCUUCGUGGGCGAGAGUUCGUCAUGAAAGACCUCUAUACAUUCGACUACAGUCUGACCGAAGCAAUGAAAACAUAUGAUGCAGUCAAAAAUGCCUACACAGAAUUAUUUAACGAACUCAAGAUCCCCUACCUCGUCGCGGCAGCAGACUCGGGAAAUAUGGGCGGCUCAUUGAGCCAUGAGUACCACUUCAUCAGUCCGAAGGGCGAGGACGAGGUGGUCAGCUGCUCGCACUGUGACCAUGUUUACAACGAAGAACUCGCAGACGGCAAGGCGCACAUCGCUGAGGAGUCCGAAGAGACCAUGACACCUGGUUUCCAGACCGAUGAUGCAGUUGUCGAAGGUGGACCAACAAUCUCAACUGGCAUGUGGAUGGCUAUCUCUCACGAUAGCAAUACCCUCGUGCGGAGCUGGUACCCCAAAUUCUCGAUGCAAAAUGGCGCGACGGAGCCCGUCGAGCGGCAUGUCAACUCACACGCCGUCAAGGCAGUAGCGACCGCCGCUGGUAUUGACCUCGACCUGAGCGUGGAGAACCCAUUAGAGCGAUGGACCGCCCACGUAAAGGCAAACAAGUCCUCCACGCAUAAGCCGCGUGUGUUGGAUCUUUAUGACUCACAGGUUCGGGUAUACCAGCGCCCGCCGCUCAGUGAUCUGCUCCAGGAAGUUGGCUGCACAGCCUCGGACAUAGAUUACUCCAAGCUGGACCGAUUCCCCGAGACUUCAAACAAACUCAGCCUUGUCCGCGUUCAUGACGGAGACCAUUGCUCGCAGUGCGUGGAUGGAUCGCUGACUAGCCACUCUGCCGUUGAACUAGGACACACAUUCCACUUGGGAACGCGGUACAGCAAAGUACUAAACGCGUCUGUGUCUGUCAACUCCGCUCUUCUCGAGGAAUCUUCGGAUAUGGAUCUAGGUGCGAAGGCUUCUGCCAAGGAACAGAUCGUACCUAUGCAGAUGGGAUGUCACGGUAUCGGUGUUUCGCGUAUGAUCUCCGCAGUGGCGAACCGACUUGCCGAUUCUAAGGGACUCAAUUGGCCGCGUGUUAUUGCGCCCUACGAGGUUGUGGUAGUCUCGGGGAAGGGACUGGAGACUGUUGCCGAUCAGGUGUAUGAUAGUCUUACCGGCAACACUGCAGCGCCUGUGGAUGCUAUCCUUGAUGACCGGGACAAGGGCAUGGGCUGGAAACUUGGAGAUGCGGACUUGAUUGGGUACCCUAUUAUUAUUGUUGUUGGCAAUGGGUGGAAGAAGAAACAGACUUUGGAGGUGCAGUGCCGUCGGCUCGACGUGAAGGAGGAUGUGCCGUUGGAUGGACUCCACACGUUUGUUCAGUCCUUGUUGGCCAAACUGUGA